AUGUCCUUCUCCGAUUUCUCCAAGGUUGAAACCUUGAAGUCCUUGAACGAAUUCUUGGCUGAUAAGUCCUACAUUGAGGGUUCUUCUGCUUCUCAAGCUGACGUUACCGUCUACCAAGCUUUCCAAAAGCAAUACCCUCAAUUCACCAGAUGGUUCAACCACAUUGCUUCUUUCACUGAAGAAUUCGACACUCUUCCAGCUGGUAAGGCCCCAGCUGCUCCUGCUGCCGCUGCUGCUGAAGAAGAUGACGAUGAUGUUGACUUGUUCGGUUCCGAUGACGAUGAAGUUGAUGAAGAAGCUGAAAAGUUGAAGCAACAAAGAUUGGCUGAAUACGCUGCCAAGAAGGCCAGCAAGGGUGCUAAGCCAGCUGCUAAGUCCAUUGUCACUUUGGAUGUUAAGCCAUGGGAUGACGAAACCGAUUUGGAACAAUUGUUGGCUAACGUCAAGUCUAUCGAAAGAGAAGGUUUGACCUGGGGUGCUCACCAAUGGAUUCCAGUUGGUUUCGGUAUCAAGAAGUUGCAAAUCAACCUUGUUGUUGAAGAUGCUUUAGUUUCUUUGGAUGAAUUGCAAUCUGCCAUCGAAGAAGAUGAAGACCACGUCCAAUCUACCGAUGUUGCUGCUAUGCAAAAGUUGUAA